AUGACUAAUGUUGUAAAUGUUUGGUUUAAAAAAUCUAGACCUCAAAAUGAUGGCCCAGCUGAACGUGCUUCGUCGUUUAUUUUACUUGCAGAUAGUAUUCUUAAACAGUCCGGUGAUGAUACAUAUGUUACUGGAACACUUAAACCUGCAAUCUUCAAGGAUUUGGAUUAUGUAGUGAGUACUUGGUCCGACGGAUGUUUCGAUCUCUGGGAGGAAGCCAACGGUGUUCACUUUUACACACUCAUCGUCAUGCGCAAAGGUUUGAUCCACGGUGCAAAUUUCGCUACACGUAACGGUGACAACACACGUGCCUCCACCUACACCACUACCGCCAACACCCUCAAAACCAAAAUCGAUACCUUUUGGUCCAGUACCUACAUUACCGUCACCCAAAGUCUCACAGGGGGUGUUCAAAAAGCCGGUUACGAUGUCUCUACCUUGAUCGCUGCUAAUUCAGGUUCUCUCGCAGACGGUUUCUAUACACCCGGAUCCGAUAAAAUUUUGGCCACCGCUGUCGUUAUUGAAAGCAAAUUUAGUUCUCUCUAUGAUAUCAAUGUCAAUGCUCCUUCUUAUUUGUUGGGUACAGCCAUCGGUCGAUACCCCGAGGAUACGUACAAUGGGAACGGGAAUGGACAUAAGGAAUGGACGCUAGCGGGUCAAGUCAAGGUCUCCUCGAUUACUUUACCCUUCUUUAAGAAAUUCGAUACGGCUACUGUGGAAGGGACCGUGUACAAGGUCGGUACCGCUGCUUUUAAUGCCAUGACACAAAAUGUCGCGUUGGGUGCGAAUAAGUUUCUUUCUACCGUUAAAAAUUAUGCACUGACCAAUGGGUCGAUGUCUGAACAGUAUGAACGGGGAUCUGGAAAGUCCACGGGGGCCAGAGAUCUUACUUGGUCGCAUGCUGCGCUGAAUUCUGCUGCUCGUGCAAAAGCUGGUGCUCCUUCUGCUUAAGAUUUAUUUAGGUGUUUAAAUAAAAAUAAUAACUUUGUUUUCCA